GCAACCAAAACCUGCUUCGCAGAAUCCCUCUCUGUCUCUCUCUCUCUCUCUCGCUCUCUCUCUCCUCUUAUCUCUUUUCUCUCUCUAGAGAUGGGACCGAAUUCACCUGCAACAGUAACGAAGAAACUAUGGAACUAUGUACGCAUAGUGCUCUUCAUGCUGAGGAAAGGCGUCUCCAAGCGCAAACUAAUGAUGGACCUUCACCUCAUGAUGAAACGUGGCAAGUUCGUAGGGAAGGCCAUCGGGAACCUUAUGUUCCACCACCACCACCACCACUCCAACUCCAUCUGCCAAUCGCACGAUGCGAAUCUUACCUUCGUCGCACCUAGUGAUUACGAGUUUAGCUGUAGUAACAGCCCCGCCUUCCCUCCCUCUUCCUCUUCUUCUUCUUCUUCUUUCUUCCCCUUCCACAUCAGCAAACGCAAGACCUCCCAGAACCACUCUCACUCUCACUCUCACUCUCACCAUUACUUCUCAUGUAUGCACCCGAGGGUCAAUGACGACGACAUAACCGCCGUCAAUGCGGUGCAAAAAGUGCUGGAGAUGUUGAACGAUCAUGACAUAACGGAGGCGUCUCCCAUACCGUCGCCGUUUUUUGGGUUCGGAAAGAGUCCGAUGGUAAGGCAGUUAAGGAUAACGGACUCACCGUUUCCGUUAACGAAUUCUGACGAGGAUAGCCACGUGGACAAAGCGGCUGAGGAGUUCAUUCAGAAGUUCUAUAACAACCUUAGGUUACAAAAUAGUAUGGACGAGUAAAAAAGCUUAAGAUGUCGAGAGUUGAGACCGACGCGAGUCGUCGGAGUUCCGGUUUUUCCGGCGAGAGUUGUGGUUUGGGGUUUCGCUUCAGUCUCUUUCGUUCUUUGUCUCUGAUGUUAUUGUUCGUUGGAAACAUAAAUGUUUGAUUUCAAUUUC